UCGGAACGUUCAACAUCGAUCUGUAAAACUUUGACCAACGGUCCAACAUGUGGCUACUUCGCUGACAUUUUUACGCAUACGGCUUUGAUUAUCUUUGAAGACUCUAUCUUACGUAGACCGGUAUUACCACAUUCUACCAAGUAACCUCUUACGUUAUUUACUGUACUCGCGGCUGGACUCAAAAUGUCAGCGGCGCGGUCGUCAUUGCCGCCAGUUGCGGAGAAUCCUUCAGACAAAACGACAGGUUUGGGACAAAGCGCUCGUCGUUCGACGAGGGCUCAUCACGCUGACGAAGUUCACAUUGGCAACUACAAGUUGCUGAAGACAAUCGGUAAAGGCAAUUUUGCAAAAGUCAAGCUAGCUACACAUGUUCUGACCGACGUGGAGGUUGCCAUCAAGAUCAUCGACAAGACUCAACUCAAUCCGAGUAGUUUGCAAAAGUUAAUUCGUGAGGUGCGCAUUAUGAAGAUGCUGGAUCAUCCCAACAUCGUGAAACUGUUUGAAGUGAUUCAAACCGACAAGACGUUAUACCUUGUAAUGGAGUAUGCUAGCGGAGGAGAGGUGUUUGAUUAUCUUGUGGCUCACGGAAGAAUGAAGGAGAAAGAAGCGCGCGCGAAGUUUAGGCAGAUUGUGUCUGCUGUUCAAUAUUGUCAUCAGCUUCACAUUAUUCACAGAGAUCUGAAGGCCGAAAACUUGCUUUUGGAUGCUGAUAUGAACAUCAAGAUUGCUGAUUUUGGAUUUAGUAACGAGUUUACUUUUGGCAACAAAUUAGACACAUUCUGUGGUAGCCCACCUUAUGCUGCACCUGAGCUAUUUCAAGGGAAGAAAUAUGAUGGUCCUGAGGUAGAUGUCUGGAGCCUUGGUGUCAUCUUGUACACUCUUGUUAGCGGUAGCUUGCCAUUUGAUGGACAGAACUUGAAGGAGCUAAGAGAACGUGUGCUAAGAGGGAAAUAUAGAAUACCUUUCUACAUGUCAACAGACUGUGAAAAUCUUCUUAAGAAGCUGCUAGUGUUGAAUCCUGCAAAAAGACAAGAGCUAGCGUCCGUUAUGGAAGACAGGUGGGUGAAUAUUGGCUAUGAAGAUAAUGAACUACAGCCCUAUGUUGAACCAGAACCUGAUUACAAUGAUCCAGAGAGAAUAGAAGUUAUGGUGAGAAUGGGUUAUUCAAGAGAUAGUGUGAGGGAGAGUGUUAGGACAAACCAGUACAAUGACUUAAUGGCAACAUAUCUACUAUUGAGUCGAGCAAGGAAAGCAUUGGAGCUGGACUGCCUAGCAGCCGAAGAUACAUUCAAACACGGCAGACCUAUGCAUAGUCUUGGGGCAUCGAGUGUUCGUUCUCGAAAGGGAGCAUCUAGUGGUGCUAAUUGGAUUGGGCACUUAGGAACUUCAAAAAUAAAGUCUAAUGGAGUUCAAAAGCACUUCCCUUCAUCUUCAGCAGUUAGACCUGAUGAGUCUCAUAUUUUGAAGGAAUCAGACAGUGCAACAGUGCCAAAUCCAAGCAGACCAGACAGACCAGACAGACCAAGUCGACGGAAUAGAAGCAGAAGUGCUGUUCAUAGACGAAAUACUGUGUCAUAUGGUCCAGGGGCAGGACCAUUACUGGAUCGUCACUUGUUGAGUCAAGGAUGUGAUGACUCAAGAAAUCAGCGUUUGCAAUCUUCUCCUCCAACUGAUGCUCUUCGUUUAGAUGGUUUACCUUCAUACGAAUUGUCAACAACAGAUGACCUUCGUCGUAGAAGCGCAGCAACAGCAUCAAGCACAACUGGUUUUCAUCCUCGAGGCAGUGUACAGCGUAGCACUUUUCAUGCAGGGCAGACAAGAACUAAAAUAUUUCAACAGCAAAAUGGUGGUAUUGUGGAUGACUCAAGCCCAACUGGGCACAGGGGCUCACUGUUCUCAAAGUUGACAUCCAAAUUCUCAAAGAAAAUGUCAAUAGAUCAGGAUAUCAAACCUCGGGCACUCCGCUUUACUUGGAACAUGAAGACCACGAGCUCUCUCGAUCCCAAUAUAAUUAUGAAACGUAUACGAGAUGCUCUGGAUGCUAAUGGAUGUGAUUAUGAGCAACGUGAGAGGUAUUUAUUAUUGUGUGAGCAAGGUGAGGGUGAGGAUGCUUUACAGUUUGAGAUGGAGGUCUGUCGACUUCCUCGUCUUGCGCUGCACGGCGUUCGAUACAAACGGAUUUCAGGCAACUCACUGUCGUACAAGACCAUUGCUUCUAAGCUGAGCAAUGACUUGAUGGUCUAGGAUAUAUGGUAUUGACUGAAGACAAUGGUAGAAAUGUAGUUUUAUUAUGAACAAAUUUCACUUUCACAGAAUGUUUGAAUUUAUUUGGGACAGUUUUAGGCACAUAAUGGAAUGAUACCAUGCAGACAGAAAAAUUUGUAAAAUCCCUCAAGAGAAGAGGGUUGUACAGAAGCAGAUUGCUGCACAGGGUCACUGAACUGUGCAGCUUUUAGAAUGUAAUGCACUGACAGUCAUGGUGCAAGCAGAAUCAUUUGUGAACUUGUUGCUGUGUGUACUUUGCAGGUUUGGAGGCUAAUUUACAUAU